AUGGAUCAGUCAAAAUGGAAGUUCAACCAUACUAUGCUGCGGGUCAAAGACCCAAAGAAGUCCAUCGCCUUCUACGAACUCAUCGGCAUGACCGUGGUCCAAGAAAUGCCAAUGAAGGAAAUGGGCUUCACCAACUACUUCCUCGCUUACGACGGCAAGACCUCUGCUUCGACCGGCAAACACUGGACCGACCGCGAAGGCGUCCUGGAGCUCUGCCAUAACUACGGCACCGAGGACGACCCAAACUACGCCUCCCACAACGGCAACAAAGACCCCAAGGGUUUCGGCCACACCUGCAUCUCAGUCGACAACAUCCAGGCCGCGUGCCAGCGCAUCGAGGACGCGGGCUACAGGUUCCAGAAGAAGCUCACCGAUGGCCGUAUGCGCUCGAUUGCGUUUGCGCUGGAUCCCGACAACUACUGGGUGGAAAUCAUCGGGCAGAAUAGUGUUGAAGAGACGGAGGGCGUGAAGGAGACUGAUACGCAAUCGUAUCGGAUGAAUCAUUCCAUGAUUCGUGUCAAGAAUCCGGAGAAGAGCUUGAAGUUCUACCAGGAUAUUUGCGGGAUGACGCUGCUCAGGACGAGUGAGCAGAAGGAGGCGGAGUUCACGCUGUACUUCCUGGGAUAUCCUGGUGACUAUGACAUCAACAAGAAAACAUCCAACGGUGUCAAUCCGCUCGCGGGCAAGGAGGGUAUCCUGGAGCUGACUUGGAACUAUGGAACUGAGAAGGAAGAGGGCCAGGUGUAUCACAACGGCAACGACAAACCCCAAGGCUUCGGGCACAUCUGUCUGAGUGUCGACGACCUCGACAAAGCGAUGGAGCACUUCGAGAACAAGAAGGUGAACUUUAAGAAGAGAUUGACAGAUGGCAAGAUGAGGAACGUUGCUUUCAUUCUGGAUCCUGACAAUUACUGGGUCGAGAUCAUCCAGAACCAGGCUAUCAAGAAUACUGGGGUGUAG